AUGCCGUACUCAUACGAAUUCACCAACCCCUUGUCCGGCGUUAAAAUCAUUGCCACUAUUACGGACGUUUGGUGUGUCCACAUCGUCGCCGGCCACCUUCGCUCCGGCAAGCACCUCGAGUUCUACAAGAACAACUACAGUGAUCUGUACUACAGCAUCGUUAAAUGCUUGAAUCAGGAACCUUACCUCCUCGAACGAAACUGUCAGCUCCCUAUGAUCACCGAGGAUGGUCUAGUCCUCAGGCUCGGCAACCACAAUCCCAGCGCCUUCAUCCUUGGGUUAUUACCCCUUAACCCCGCCAAGGGUAGCGCCGCGAAGCAGGAAGUAAUGGCGCAUCCCAUUCCUCGCCACUCCAAAAAGCUUAAAGGGCCCGCUCCGAUCGACGACCCUCCUGCUCGUCGACCCGUACACCCUGAGGACCCCUAUUCCCAACUCUACGACCUAGAGCCGUCCCUCCUCUUCCAGAGUGUUGAACGUUCCCGGGUGAAGCACGCUGAGCGCAUCUCCCGUCGUGACAACCCUCUCGCGGAGUCGUCUCGAGGCCCCAGCCGCCGCUCUCGACUUCACUCCAAGCCCAUCUUCGUUGACCAGUCCCACCUCCGCGAUGAAGAUGACCACUCCAUGAACGUCGAUUAA